GAGGAGGACUUCUACAUGGAACGAAGAAAGCAAACCUUCCCAGAUCCAGCACCAGUGCGGCAGCCAUCUUUGCACGCGGAAAGCCUAUGGAAGAUGAAGAUGAUGAUAUGUUUCUAGAACAAGUGGAUCGAUUUGGUGGAGGAACUACAAGUUAUACUUCUACAUCUUCUGACACGAGGACUGGUGCUGGAGCAGGAUUGUACCCUGGACAUCUACA